GGAGGAGGCAGUGUAACCAUGGCAACAGCGAGGGGAGGGGCGGGGGGGGGAAGUGACGCACCGGAAGUGGCCGUGACCACGUGGUGGCGGUGGAGGAGACGGCAAGAUGGGGCGGCCGAGCAAGAGCCAGCGGCAGCGGCGGGAGCGAGCGGCGGCACAGCUCCGGGCCCAGCAGGACUUCGGCUCCGUGCCCCAUUCCUUCGUGUUCCUGCGCGGCCGCGGCGGCCGCAGCCUCCGGCUCCUGGUGGCCGACAUGCGGCGGGUGCUGGAGCCCUUCACGGCGCGGGCGCUGCGGGUGCGGAAAAGCAAUUCCCUGAAGGACUUUGUGGCCGUGGCUGGGCCCCUGGGGGUGACACAUUUCCUGGUGUUCAGUAAAUCAGAGUCCAGCAUCAACUUGAAGCUGUUCCGGUUGCCUGGGGGCCCGACGUUGACCUUCAAAGUGGUGGAGUAUUCCCUGCUGCGGGACGUGGUCUCAGCGCUCCGGCGGCACCGGAUGCACGAGCAGCAGUUCCGACAUCCCCCCCUCCUGGUGCUCAGCAGCUUCGGGCUCCCGCAGAGCCACAUCCGGCUCAUGGCCAGCACCUUCCAGAACCUGCUCCCCUCCAUCAACGUGCACAGGGUCAACCUCAACACCAUCAAGCGGUGCCUGCUCAUCAGCUACGACGCAGAGACAGAGCUCCUACACCUCAGGCAUUACAGCAUCAAGGUGGUGCCCGUGGGCGUGAGCAGAGGCCUCAAGAAGCUGCUGCAGGAGAAGUUCCCCAACCUGAGCCGCUUGGAGGACAUCAGCGAGCUCCUGGUCAAGGAUCUGAACCUGUCGGAGAGCGAAGCGGAGCAGGAUGGGCCCCACAAUGUGACCGAGCUGCCACAGGCCUAUGCGGGCAGGGGCAAUGCCAAGGCCCAGCAGAGCGCAGUGCGCCUGACCGAGAUUGGGCCACGCCUGACGCUGCAGCUGAACAAGGUGGAGGAGGGGCUGGCGCAGGGCAAUGUGCUCUACCAUAGCUUCAUCCAUAAGCCCGAGCCUGAGCUCCGUGCGCUCCUUGCCCGUCGGGAGGCGAAGCUGCAGCUCCGUGCGGAGCGGAGGCAGCGGCAGGAGGAGAACGUGGAGCGCAAGCGGCAGCAACGGCAGCAGCAGCGGGAGAGGAGCCUGCAGGGCAUGCGCAGGAAGCAGCAGCGGGAUGAGGAUGGCGACAGCGGCGCUGAGGAUCCCGGGGCUCCGGAGCAGGAUGCGGCCCAUGAGGAGGAGGAGAGUGAUGCUGAGCACUACCGGAGGGAGGUGGGGGAGGAGCCGGAUCAGGAUCUCUUCCCCAGCCGCACCAAGAGGAAGCGCCUCCCUUUGGGCCCUGCCCGGCUCCGCAAGCGCCGGCGCCGCAUCCCACUGGAGCAUCCUAUGGAGCAUCCCAUGGAGCAUCCCACAGAGCAUCCCACUGCAUCCAACCCUCACCCCCCCCACCGCACCAGGCGCAAAAGGAAGCUGCUGCCAAAGGGGAAAACCAGAUUCCAGAGGCCGGGAUGUGCCAGGAAGGGGAAGCGCUGAGGGACUGGGAUUGGGAUGCUCUCUGCUCCCCCCCUGCCUCCCCCGGCCCUGUUGCUGUGCAAUACACAUGGCUUGGAAGGAU